UUCGUGAUGAAUCAAGACUGAGCGACACUCAACAUUGGGUCUUGCCAUCGCUUUACUCUCAGCGCGCUCGCACGCCGAUCUAUCUCUCAUCCGCCCAUGGAGCUGUACAACAACACUCGUUUUCAACGACCGAUCUCUGCGGAUUCUCACCAGCAUUUGUACACGAGGCUCGCCGCACCACACUCUUUCGACUCGGUAUCGCUACUUUUUAGCAGCAGCUCUCCGCGACCGGGGAGAUGGCUGAAGAUUUCCAAUCUAUCUGCUACCCGUCGGUCGACACGCAACUGUACAGUCUAUCUCAUCAUAGGCACUCUCGGUACCCUUGAGGCUCGCCUUUUCUCUCUUUUCCUUCGCUUCUUGAAAACAACUAGCUUGUUCAAAUCCACUUGUCCUUCUCCAGGCCACGGUUUCUGUUUGCACUCGCAUGCAGGUUUGAUCAUUUCUACAUACAGUACUAUCCCAUUCGCUCUCGCCGCUCCACCACCAUUGCAUCCUUUCGGUUUGACAUUGAUGAUUUUUUCCCCAUCUUGUUGCCAGUCAAUGCGUAUGCCUGUGCUUCGUUGAAGACUCCCAUGCGGUAAGCUCCUAGGCUCGAGCUACCUGAGCGUCCAAAGUCUGUUGCAACUCCACAAUCAUCAACAGCAUUCGAGAGCAUGGAUGAGCAUCAUCAUCACUGCUGUGCCUCUUACUGUGAAUAGCUCGUCAGAAGUCGGACAUUCCACUCGGAUGCGACGAUCUCGGUCUUGGCGACCUUGUCCUC